ACUAAUUCAAUUCGCCAUGAUGAGUCAAGAAAAUCCAUGCCUUUACAAUAUUUUGAUGAUGAUGAUGCAUUAGCUAUUCAAUUUAGAAAUCAAGGAAACAAAUCUACAAAUCCUAGCUACAUGCAGCAAGACCCACCAGAAGCUGAUCAACCCACCAUCAUACGGUCCAAACAAGCUUGCCCAAGGAAUGUUGAUAGUGCUAACUCAAGCACCGAUGCUUGCAAUGCUGCACACGGAGAGGGAGAUGCAAACCCAACAAUUGCUAGAACUUCUGAUGCAAGCCAUGGUAAUGUGGCCAAUCCCAUUAAUUUCGAUUCAAGGCCACAACACGAGAGAAGGAAACCAACCUACCUCAUAGACUACAUCUUAAAUGGAGUUCAAACAAAUACCAACACUUCUUCGACCUCAGGUACGCGAUAUUCUAUUUCUCAUUUUAUUACAUAUGAUAAAUUUAGUCCCACUCACCGUUUUUUUCUAGCGGCCAUCUCCACUAAAGAUGAGCCAAAAUCCUUUUCUGAGGCUAUCCAAGAUCCCAAAUGGAGACAAGCGAUGAAAGCCAAAAUUGAUGCUCUCGAGAAAAAUAAUACUUGGACUUUGGAGAUGCUUCCUCUUGACAAAAGACCUACAGGUUGCAAAUGGGUCUAUAAAAUCAAAUAUAAUGCUGAUGGGACAAUUGAAAGAUAUAAGGCACAUCUUGUUGCAAAGGGAUUCACCCAAGUUGAAGGCAUAGAUUACCAUGAUACCUUUGCCCCUGUUGCUAAGCUAGUUACCGUUCGAUGCUUACUAGCUAUCACCGCUGCUUGUAAUUGGGAGUUACAUCAAUUGGAUGUUCACAAUGCCUUUCUCCAUGGAGAUCUUAAUGAAGAAGUUUAUAUGCAACUACCUCCAGGCUACAAGAAUAAAGGAGAACAACGUGUUUGUCGCCUAAGGAAGUCCUUAUAUGGACUCAAGCAAGCAUCAAGAAAUUGGUUUGCCAAAUUUGCUUCAGCUUUAAAACUUUUUGGUAAUAAUUCAUCUCUUUGUCAGAAAUUGAAAGAAUUUCUCCAUACAAUGUUUCACAUUAAAGAUCUUAGCAAGCUCAAAUACUUCUUAGGUAUUGAAGUUGCUCGGCAUCCCUCUGGAAUUUUCCUUUGUCAACGAAAAUAUACACUUGCCAAAAUUACUGAAGCUGGAAUGCUUGGAACCAAGCCAUGCCCUUUUCCUAUGGAGCAGAAGCUUAAACUCACUCCUAGUACUGGUUCCCCUAUAUCUGAUCCUAUGCAAUAUAGGAGACUGGUUGGAAAGCUAAAGGAUCAAUUCUGCUCUGAUACCAUUUGCCCCACAACAAGGAGAUCUACAACUGGCUACCUCACUUUGCUCAGUAACUCACCUAUAUCGUGGAAAACCAAAAAACAAUCCACAGUCUCAAGAUCAUCAGCAGAAGUUGAAUAUAGAGCUAUGGCUUCCACUGUUAGUGAACUCCUAUGGCUCAAAGGCUUGCUCAAGACAUUAGGAGUUGAUACUUCUCAACCAAUGCAAUUGCAUUGUGACAAUCAAGCAGCUAUUCACAUAGCCACAAAUCCAAUCUUUCAUGAACGCACAAAACACAUUGAACUUGAUUGUCAUUUUAUUCGUCAUUGGAUUCAAGUUGGUCUUAUUAAGACUUCUCAUGUUCGCUCCAACCUACAAGUGGCUGAUAUAUUUACAAAGGCAUUGGGAGGGCAAAACCCUCAAAUCCACCCUUAAAAAAUAUCAGUAGGGACACAUCCACCCCUCAAAAAAAAGCAGAGACAAAUUGCCCCUCUAAAUCAUAAAUCAAUACAAAUCACCCAUUUUU